UCAUGGAUAGAUUCAUAUUUUUAUUUUGUUUCUAUCUUUAUACGAAUAUUUAAAAAUUUGUUUUUGUUUGUUUUUAUAGUGAAAUUACAAUGAAGGAUAUAAAACUUAUAACAUGUUAAACCUACCAAUGAUAAAUUAGUAAUUUUGAUGGUAAUCAAUUCUUAUAUAUAUAUAUAAUAAUAAGUAGGAGAUGUUUGGGAAUAAGAGGUAUGGAUAGUGGAGAAACGAGCCUUUAUCCUCCUAUAAAUAUGAUGCAUGAUCAGAACCGAUGGUCCUUUAUUCGUAAAGUUUACUCUAUCGUCGCCUUUCAGCUGCUUCUCACCGCUGUUGUUGCUUCCGUCUUUAUUUUCGUUUCUCCUGUUGCUAAUUUCUUCAACAACUACGUACCAAUUUAUGUUCAUACUAUACUCAUUAUAUUUGCAUUAUUUUCAGUUGAUUAUUAUCAUCACAAGUAUCCUCUCAACUACUUUCUCCUCGUAAUUUUCACGAUCUCUCUUGCUUUACGCGUUGGAUUGUCUUGUGUCUUGGCUAGUGGUAAUGGAAAAAUAAUUGUUCCAGUCAUGUUGACUACUAUUGUGGUGGUAUUUAACUUGAGUCUCUACACAUUUUGGGCUGCAAAAAGAGGCUAUGAUUUCAACUUUUUACACCCAUUAUUAGUUUGGGUUGGAGUUUUGCUGGUUAUUAUCAUCUUUACCUCAGUCAGAUGAUGUUUAUUUUAGGAAAAUUGUCAAAUAUGAUCUUUGGUUGUCUUCUAUUUAUUCUACUUUGUGGCAACAUUGUAUACGAGAUAGACAACCUUAUCAAGAGGAUCCCAUAUACCAAGUAUAUUUCGGCUUCUAUCGUCUUGUAUAUAUAUGUCAUGGACCUCUUCGGCUAUCUCUUCCUACUAUAUUUAGUGCUGCAAAUUUAAGAUAAUAAAAAUACAAUAUCACAUUAUAUAUUCAUAUGAUAGAAGUUUUCUGAGAUGCAAGCUUCUCCAUUAUCAAAUUUGGUGUUUUUCAAUUUUUGUACAAUUAUAUGUUGCAGGAAUUAAAUUAAUACUACGUAGAUACGAUAUAGUAUGUGCAAAUACAAUCCAUGUACUUUCUUUGAACAAAGUUACAAUUCACAUAUUGAAGGAAAUUGCAUAGUAAAAUCCAAAGGAAAACUUUUGAAUCUGUAAGAACACCGCAUGACCACCCAGGUCAGAUAUUACUAAUCCGGAACGAUCUUCUACAGGAUAGGGUGAUAUCUCAAACUGAGAAUCAUCCAAGCCGUUAAUCAUACUUUGAUCACACGGUCAAUGUUCAUCAUCCAGAUUUAUGUUCCUGUCUCUUUAGAAAUCAAGAAUACAGUAGUACAAUCCUAUAGAACAACAGAUCCUGUUCAAGUAAGGUCGUAAAAUCCAAAGGAAAACUUUUGAAUCUGUAAGAACACCGCAUGACCACCCAGGUCAGAUAUUACUAACCCGGAACGAUCUUCUACAGGAUAUAUAGGGUGAUAUCUCAAACUGAGAAUCAUCCAAGCCGUUAAUCAUACUUUGAUCACACGGUCAAUGUUCAUCAUCCAGAUUUAUGUUCCUGUCUCUUUAGAAAUCAAGAAUACAGUAGUACAAUCCUAAGCAAUGCACUUUAAACUUGGUUUUCAAUGUCGUUGUAAUUGAAAAAAUCUUUUAAAUGGACAGUGGAUAAGAGUUGGUGUAUAUAUGAUAAGAUAAUUAAGUGAUAAGAGAUGGUAAUCUUUGGAACGCAUAUGCAUUUAAUAAAAGCUUCUCAUAUCAUUUUGUUGUAGUUUUGGGUUUGUAGAGGAGAUUUAGGUUCAAGUGCAUACAUACUUUUAAUAAUAUUAGUUCAGUUGAGUAAGUCUACCGAUUGGAGAGUUUGUAGAGAGGGCUUAAUUAGGAUCAAGUGUAGACCUUUUUUCUCAUACCAUUUACUAAUUUUAAAUAGUAUUGAUCAGUAAAGUAAGGCUACGUACAUAUUUGAGAGUUUAAGUAAGUAAGAAUAGGAGGCAAGGUAGUGGAAGAAGCUAAGUGUGGGAGGAGAGGAGUUCAACUCCACUUGGAACAAGUCAUUUUUCUUCUAACUUACAUAUAUAUAGCGGUAAAGAGUAGAAAAGAAACUUACACUGUUAACAUCAAACUUCAAUUGGUAUGUCUCUAAAGAAGAUGAAAGAAAACCCAAAGAAGUGGUAUCUAUCAUCAUAAUAAAUAACACAAAAGUUUGGAAUAAAUUUCACAUAAACAAAUUGAAGUAAACUUACUUUGGAAAAUGCUAGUCCUGUCAAAAUAGCUUGUUAGAGAAGAAUGUAUAGAGCCUAUAAAGUCUUCAUGUACAUAAUAAUAAAGUGAACAAAUCUACCUGUAGCAACACAAUUUUAAAAGCCUAAAUCUAUAAAAAACACAGUUAUAAUCCAAAAAGAACUUGAGUGGUUUAAAAGGAAUUUCACAAAUAAAAGAAAAGAAGUCAAUCAAGAAUGUAUUAAUGGAGACAAUUUGUAAAGUCUGUAUCUAAAAAAACACACAUUUGUAACCAAAAAGAACAUGAGUGUGGUGUCGGUGAAAUCCAAUGAUGCAUUUAAUCAAACAUGUAAAAAAAAGUGACUCAUCGAGCUUCAAAUAAUUAUGUGAUUAUUUUACAUGGUGAUGCAAGUGAACCUAGGACAUCCAAUUAAUGAUCUUGUGUUCAAUUAAUAUAUAUGUAACCUAUAAGAGAUGUAUAUAAUAAACUU